AUGGGUUCGGGCGGGGUAUCGCGUAUUCUGCUGGCACACAGUCUCGUGGCGUUAGCCCAACAGGAAGUCAUCGUUGCCAUCGACGAACCGGGAAAGACCCAGUACCAUGAGGCGAACUUCAACACGAGCGCCUACCAGUUCGGUUACGAGGUCGGUCCGAACGGGCAGUUCCACCACGAGACCCGCGGCCCGGACGGGGUUACGUACGGUUGCUACGGCUACAUCGACCCGAACGGGCUACUCCGAGUGACGCACUACGUCGCGGACACGCACGGCUACCGCGUGGUCGAACCGAAUCACCCCGUGGAGAUAUUCAUGGAUGCGCCGAGUCAGUACAGCAAUGCAAUUACGGACGAGGAUCCGAAGGUGCGCCACCGAGGUCAGGUGGUCCCGUGGAAAGAUCUCUACCUUCCCCGAGGUUGCGGAAUGUACCCGGGAGGACUCCGACCGGAUGGUCCUCCGGUAACCCCACCUCCUCAGAACCCCGCACCCGCAAGACCAGGCGGCACCACCGGCGGUGGCAGUGGCACCGGUAAUCCUCAAGCUCCAGCAGGUUCGACGACGAACCGACCCGGACAGGGCAGCUGGCAGCAGCAGGGUUCGGGAGGUCAGAGCCAAGGACAAGGACAAGGUGGUAACUGGCAGAACCAAGGUCAAGGCCAAAAUCAAGGGCAAGGGCAGAACCAAGGGCAAGGUGGAAACUGGCAGAAUCAAGGUUCUGGAGGACAGAACCAAAAUCAGGGCCAGAAUCAAGGGCAAGGUCAAGGACAAGGGCAAGGGCAAGGACAAGGUGGAAACUGGCAGAAUCAAGGUCAAGGUCAAAAUCAAGGCCAAGGACAAGGAGGCAACUGGCAGAACCAAGGUCAAGGUCAGAAUCAAGGGCAAGGGCAAAACCAAGGACAAGGUCAAGGUGGAAACUGGCAGAAUCAAGGUCAAGGUCAGAAUCAAGGGCAAAACCAAGGACAAGGUCAAGGAGGAAACUGGCAGAAUCAAGGAUCCGGUGGACAGAACCAAGGGCAGGGUCAAGGCGGAAAUUGGCAGAAUCAAGGAUCUGGUGGUCAGAACCAAGGGCAGGGCCAGGGUGGAAGUGGUCAAACUCAAGGUCAAAACCAAGGGCAAACAUCGGGAUCUGGACACCAGCAUGGAGGACAACACCAAGGCUCCCAUCAAGGACCAAUAAGUUCUAGUGGACAUCAAGGCCAACACCAGGGAAGUCACCAAGGCACUUCCGGCCAACAUGGGGGACAACAUCAGAGUGGUCAUGAAGGACCUAUAAGCUCAAGUGGACAUCAACAUCAGCAUCAAGGAAGCCAUCAGGGAACGUCCGGACAACACGGAGGACAACACCAGAGCGGUCAUGAGGGUCCAAUUAGUUCUAGUGGGCACCAAGGCCAGCACCAGGGUAGCCACCAAGGAACUUCCGGGCAGGCUGGUGGACAACACCAGAGCGGUCAUGAGGGUCCAAUCAGUUCUAGUGGGCACCAGGGCCAACACCAGGGUAGUCAUCAAGGAUCUUCCGGGCAGGCUGGUGGACAACACCAGAGCGGUCAUGAGGGUCCAAUUAGUUCUAGUGGACACCAAGGCCAACACCAGGGUAGUCAUCAAGGAACUUCUGGGCAGGCUGGCGGACAACAUCAGAGUGGUCAUGAGGGGCCGAUUAGCUCUAGUGGGCACCAAGGUCAACACCAGGGUAGCCACCAGGGAACCUCCGGACAACACGGUGGACAACACCAGAGUGGCCACGAAGGUCCGAUUAGCUCAAGUGGGCAUCAACAUCAACACCAAGGAAGCCAUCAGGGAACCACUGGACAGCAUGGCGGACAGCACCAGAGUGGUCAUGAAGGACCUAUAAGUUCCAGCGGACAUCAACACCAACACCAGGGAAGCAACGAAGGCGGUGGGCAUCAACAUCAGGGACAGUCCCAGGGACAACAUAUGGGUCCGUUUGGAACGAGUCAGGUGCAAGUAUCAUGGAGUCAUGAGAAACCUGGACCUGGACAGCAAGGUCAAGGUCAGCAGCAAGGACAAGGCCAGCAACCAGGACAAGGCCAACAACAGUGUCAGGGCCAACAAUGCCAACAACAAGGACAGGGUCAAGGCCAACAGCAAGGGCAAGGACAACAGCCUGGAUUAACCACUGUUCGACCUAUCACGACGGCAAGACCGGGCCAGCAGCCGGUACAAGGCCAGGGUCAAGGUCAGCAACAGGGACAAGGCCAGCAACAAGGACAGGGUCAAGGCCAAGGAAAUCGCCCGGGUCAGGGUCAACAACAAGGCCAGGGACAAGGACAAUGGCAAGGCCAAGGAAAUCGCCCGGGUCAGGGUCAACAACAGGGACAGGGGCAGGGACAAGGACAAUGGCAAGGACAACAGGGUGCGACCACAGCGCGACCGGGACAAGGUCAAAGUCAAGGGCAGCAACAAGGACAAGGGCAGGGACAGGGACAAGGACAGCAGCAAGGUAAUCGACCUGGACAACAGGGUCAAGGACAAUGGCAAGGUCAGGGUCAAGGACAGCAGCAAGGAAACCGACCAGGACAAGGUCAGGGUCAACAGCAAGGACAAGGUCAGCAGCAGCAGCAACAGGGAACCACAACAGCAAGACCAGCUGGAGUACACAUUGGCAUCGGACCAAACAUAGUAGCGGGCAUUGGGGGCCUAGGCGCAUCGAUAAGCAUUGGUGGAGCACAUGGUGGCUUCACCGCAGGGGCAGGCAUUUCCCAGACAGGCAUUAGUGGCUCACUCAUGACAUCGCAUAAUACUACCGUUCAUACGGGCGGAACAAGCAUCGGUGGAUCCGUUGGGACCACCGGAGUUCACGGCAGCUCGAGCCAUAACUCGAGCGGAUCGAUCUUUGGUGCCACGUACAACCACACGUCGGUUAGUAGUGGAUCGCUCAACGGCCAGGGAGUCCACGGAGGACACACAGGUUCGAACAGUUUCAACAGCACGCACGUUUCGGUCAGUGGCAAUACCGACGUCGAAGGGCACUUCCAGGGAGGUCAGGUCACGGUGGGAGGUACGGUAAACCAUACCGAGACCCUCGCGGUCGGUUCCGUUAACGUAAGUAGCACAUCCGGCGGUUCGUUUGGGGGAGAACUUGGCCCAGAGUACGUCGGCGGCGAAGUGAGUGGAAUGCUUGUCACGAAUGCCAGUAUCAGUGCGCCACUCAUAGGUCCCCAGCAAGGUAGUGUAGCAGUCGGCGGUGGUGGUAGCAUAGGUAUCGGUAGACCCCCUCAAGAAGUAUCUACCGAGUACCCGUACGGACCCAGUCCGUCACAAAUGCCGGAACCCGUGUACACCACUCCUCAGCCGAACUACCCAACCGCAAGCGGCGUUCAACCACCAACUCGACCCAUCGAAACUGGUCCUCCACCACCAUCAAACAACAACAACAACAACCAGUACCCUCCCUACCAAAUCGCCGUCUCCCAGUAUCCCUACUUCUUUGUCCCUUACCCUUACGCUCCUCCUCCAACUGUUCCUCAAGCCCCGUGUAACUGCCCACAGGAUCAGAACCGACCAAACCAACCCGCCGGUUACCUCGGCUUCAUCCCCGUCAUCUACGUGCCCAAUUGCAACGCCCAGCAGCGAGGACUCCCCACGCACAUCAACUGGCCGGCUCCUCCACCGCCGGAAGGUUUGGGACGCGCCCUAGACCAGCUGCCACCCUUCCAACGACUGGUUCAAGGUCCGGACGGAAGCUGGACCGUGCAGCAGGACCCACGGCAACAGGAAGCUCAACCGGCCCAGCCAGAGCCACAACCGACGCAGCAGCCGUUACCACGACCACGUCCGAAUCGGGGCCGCCGGCUGAGGAGUCGAAGACCACCACUUCUCCAGCUGGCCGGAGUUCCGUUCGCCAAGAGCAGUAGUGCCGUGGGGGCCGAGCAGGAAACGCAACUCGAGACGCAGGUGUAGACGGACGUAUAGACUGGAUAGAGGGAACAGGACUUGGAAGAGCUGGGGGUGAGCAGAGGAUGGACGUCCGCCGGACAGGACGUGAGAAUAAAAUACUCAUUGAUCUUAAGAACACUGCGUUUAGGAUAAGGAAACUGUGUCGGUAAGGAGAAGAAACGUGUCAUUUCUUGAA